CCCCGGCCCUGCCGAGCCAGACUUCGCUGCAAGGCGCUGGCCCGGCGCACAGAGCUGCCCCCGGAGUCCGCACCGACCCGUCCAGAGCCGCUGCCCCCCGCCGGGCCGCCUCGCCUGGGACUGGGCCAGCGCCGAGCACCGGGCCCCGGGCGCUCCGCACCAGCCCGCUGCGGGCAGCAUGAGCCGCCAGGGCAUGGCCGCGCACACCCAGACCCGCAUCCGCACCGACCGGUUCGCCGACAGCUACGCCCUGCUGGGCAGGGAGCUGGGCAGAGGCAAGUUCGCGGUGGUGAAGAAGUGCCUGGAGAAGGCCACGGGCCGGGAGUUCGCAGCCAAGUUCCUGCGGAAGCGGCGCAAGGGCGAGGACUGCCGGCUCGACAUCAUCAACGAGAUCGCCGUGCUGGAGCUGGCCGCCCGCAGCCCCCACGUGGUGGAUCUGCACGAGGUCUACGAGACGCCCGCCGAGAUCGUGCUGGUGCUGGAGUGCGCGGCCGGCGGGGAGAUCUUCCAGCAGUGCGUGGCGGAGCAGGACGAGGCCUUCACCGAGCAGGACGUGAUCCGGCUGGUGCGGCAGAUCCUGCGUGGCGUCGCCUUCCUGCACCAGAACAACGUCGUCCACCUGGACCUGAAGCCCCAGAACAUCCUCCUCACCAGCAGCAGCCCCCUGGGUGACAUCCGCAUCGUGGACUUUGGGCUGUCGCGCCGGGUGGACGCCGUGCGGGAGGUGCGCGAGAUUCUGGGCACGCCGGAGUACGUGGCUCCUGAGGUCCUGAGCUACGAGCCCAUCAGCACGGCCACCGACAUGUGGAGCGUCGGGGUGCUGACCUACGUCAUGCUGACGGGCGAGUCGCCCUUCCUGGGUGACACCAAGCAGGAGACCUUCCUGAACAUCUCGCAGGUGAACGUGCAGUUCCCGCCCGACGUCUUCCAGGGCAUCUCGGACCAGGCCAUCGACUUCAUCCGCUCCCUGCUCGUCAAGAACCCCAGGAAGCGAGCCAAGGCCGAGCAGUGCCUGCAGCACCCCUGGCUGGCCCCAGGCCUGGCCCCGGCGGUGGAGCUGGUGGCCCCAGUGCGGGCUGAGCCGGAGCAGGCCCCGGCGAGCGAGGGCAGCAGUGGCCCCGAGGAGGACGAGGAGCUGGUGCUGGUGGCCUCCUACACGAUGCCCUGCCCCUGCCGCCAGCUGGGGGGCCUGGAGGUGCGGGAGACGGAGCUGGCCGGGGCGCGGAAGCCGUUCCCAGCCCUGCAGGAGAUCGCCCAGGAGCUGGUGUGCUGAGCCGGCCGCCCGCAUCCCCUGUGCCUGCUGCCUUGGAGAGCAGCGCGCCGGACUCGCCACGGGCCCGCCGGGCGCAUUUCCGAGCCUGUCCCGGAGUCGGGGCCCCUGGACACGAGAGGGACGGGCCCCUGGAGCGGGGGGCUCCCUGGGAGCAGGAGCAGCUUUGCCUCGGUCCUGGGGGAGCCAGUCGGGCGCCCGGGCUGCUCUGCCCCGUGGCCACGGCUCCUGUGUACAUAGCGCUGGAGGGGAGGCCAGAGCCUGUCAGACGGGAUAGGGUGGGUCACUGUGGGGGAGGGGAGCCCCCCCAUGUCAGUGAUGGGGGACGGGAGCCCCCGUUACCAGCAGGAGCUUGUUGGGGUAUCACUGCCCCGCACAGCUGGACCAGGCGGUGGCUGCAGGAAGAGACUGAGCCCCUGUGGCCUCUACAGGAGACCAACACCAUGGAAAAGCCCUGGGGGUCGCCCCAGAGCCCCCCAUUCAAACUGCAACCCCAAAUCUGCAGCAGCUGCCCCCAGAGCAGCUGCCGGGCAGAGGCUGCUCAGCUCUGAACCCGGGAAGCUCCAUUUGGGGGCUGGCCCCGCCAGCGGGCACUGCAGCACAGGGAUGCGCCCCCCCCCGUCCGGUUGUGGGGCAUGGAAGGGCCCCACUGCCUGGCCCGGCCCCACCCGGGCAGCUGACCCACGCUUUGCCUCUGGGUUCUGAAUUAGCAAAUUAGUUACUGGCCCCUUUGGGCCGGGGGGAGGUGGAGGGCUGGCUGCACUGACGCGCUGUCCUGUGCCGACGUGCUGGCCGUGGGGCGAGGCCUGGGGAGGGCGAGGGGCGGAUGGCACCAGAUUUCUCUGAUGGUCCAGGUGCCGAUUGCAGGGUAAAGUGGAGCCGCCCCCGCUCUGCCCGUCUUCGCACCUUGGCCUCAGGCCGCCAGGCAGGGACCCGAGGGGGAGCCCCAAACCGGGCGCUCCUGCAGCGGGCGCCUGGCCCAGCAGAGGGCGCCAUUGGGCUCCCCCCAAGUGAAGCCCAUGGGGCAGCAGCCGCGUCCGGCCCUGGGCUUUGCGGCCGCCCUGCAGGGCUGGCCCCGGGAGGGAACGUGCCGCCGGGUGCCACCUCCUUGCCUGGUUUUUUUAAAUAAAGGAUUAAAGU